AUGUCUACUGAUAUGGCGUUUCGAACCCGCUCCCAGGGUAGUACUGGAAGCUCCGGCAGCUUAAAGCGUUCGGUUAAAAAAUUUAUGGGGAAACUUAUGCGUACCGUUAAACAUGUUGCACACGAGACUUUGGACGAUAGUGAUACAGACUACGAUUAUGGAACUGUUGAUAAUAUGUUUAUCGGACCAGUAACUGCUGAGAACAAUAAAGCUGACUGUAACCGUCCACAAAACUUACAAAAUGAUGCUAUACAUGAGAACAGACUGAGCAGCAACUCCGAGACUCUGGCAUUCAGAUCAGAAACGGACGGCUAUUCAGCCGAUACUAGUGAAGCUGCUAACUGCGAUGAAUGCAUACAGGAUUUUGAAUCUUUUGACCCUGUUGAAGAGUGCGCGAAGCUACGACAACGUCAACCUGAUGGCGUCCCCUUCAUUAAAGGUCCUGAAAUCUGGGAAAAAAGAAGACAGCUUUGGCUGAAAGUGACGCCCGAAAACACUUUGGCUCACUCAGAGAAGUCAAGAGCAAUGUUUUCAGAUAUCAGCCCAAAGAAAUAUGGGCCUAUCUAUAAACGUUUGGUUAUGGAAGACGCACAUCUAAGGAAAAACCUAAACCUUCAAGAUGUCAUUAAAGUUAUAGACGCUGGUUGGGUGGAAACAUCAAAAUGGGACCGUGCUGCCCAAGGCGCUGCAUGA